UACCGCCGCGUAAACCAUGAAGUCGACACCUAGGUACUCGAACCGCGAACGGCAAGUUGUGUGUUGUGUUUACAAGUGCCUACAUGUACAUAAAGGCAUAACUCAUUUAUCAUUUUAAUAAACUUCGACUUAUAAAUACACUAGUUUUAGUUAUUGUGCUUCGUAUAGAUCAUUCUUGAAUUAUGCUUCAAAAUGGCGGGCUAUGCUAUCUAUUGAUUGAUGGCGGAGAAGAAGAAAGAAGGAGAGCCAGAGGGUGAAGAGGAAUUUUCUGUAGAGAAAGUUUUAGAUAGACGUAUCAGAAAUGGCAAGGUUGAGUAUUAUUUGAAGUGGAAAGGAUACAACGAUGAGGAUAACACAUGGGAACCUGAAGAGAACUUAGAUUGUCCAGACCUUAUUCAAAUAUUUGAAGACGCCCGUAAGAAGAAAGAAUCAGAGGGAAAAGGUGCUAAAAUUGAAAAGGAUGCAAAGAAGAGAAAAUCUACAGCUACACCUGAUUUAAAGGGUGCAAAAAAAAGUAAAAGUGAUGAUAAAAAAGUAUCUGGUUUUGACCGUGGAUUGGAACCAGAAAAAAUUAUUGGUGCUACUGACAGUAGUGGUGAGCUUAUGUUUCUCAUGAAGUGGCAGGGAACUAAUGAAGCAGAUUUAGUGACAGCCAAGCAGGCUAAUGUAAGAUGCCCGCUAGUUGUGAUACAGUUCUAUGAGGAGAGGUUGACAUGGCACAACCCUUCUCCAGAUGAUUGCAAUAAUGAAUAAAAGGAAAAUCUGAGAAAUUUAAGAUUACUUAAACAUAAUAUUAAGCUAUUUUUAAUGUAUCUUUAUAUAUUCAUACAAUGUGGUACUACAUUGCAUUAUUUGUUGCCUUUACAGCAGAACUAGGGCUUCCAAUCCUGAGAUCUCGGUAUUGCGGGAUCCCGGAUUUAUCAGUUUAAAAUGUGUUUUUUUUGGUUGAUUUUUUUAUUUUACUUUGUGUAUUUUUUGAAAACGAUUUGUUUUGUUUUGCUUUUUAUUCAGAAUUUGUUAUUGUUUUCUUUUGUGAAAAAAACUAUAAUUUGAUUGAUCUCAUUUUGAUAGUAUAAUAUGUACGUAAAUAAAUGUGGAGUUGAUAAAUUUAUUGUUUUAAAAUGUGCUUAUUUUCAAUAUGCGGGGUCCCGCGGGAUUGAAAAUUCGUAGUCCCGCAAAUGCCGAGAUUGAAUACAGACUGCGGGAUUGGAAGCCCUAAGCAGAACCUCUAUAGUUCAAACCCCUUCUAAUCCGAACAUCUCUGUAAUCUGAAUGCAUUACUCACUAAAUAAAUGUGAAAGGGCUGACCUA